CUAAGGUAAGGUUUCCAUCCCUAGGUAAGGUAGAUUCCAGCUACCAUGCCAUGCCAUGCUAUGCCAUUGACCAAAUUUCCAUCCCUCAGGUACCUUACCUUACCUUACCUUACCUUACCUAUCCGCAGCCCCUCACAGACUGGACUCCCCUCCAUGAUCCCAUCCAUCCAUCCAUCCAUCCAUCCAUCACUCAAUCCAAUCCAAUCCAUCACUCCCUCAAAAAAAUACGAUGAUCCAUCAGCCUAUCUAUCACCCUACCAACCCGAGUCAGUACUCAGUAGUCCCCGUCCCCCGGUACCUAUCCGCGGCGCGCAACCAAAUUUCCAAGCUCCAUAAAUACCUAUGGCUGGCCCCCCC